GAGAGAGAGAGAGAGAGAGAGAAAGAGAGAGAGAGCCUUGUUUACAGCGUCAAUUCAACGGAGAGAGACUACAGGAUCUACUCUACAUCCUUCGCAUCUCCUAAACGAACACAGAUCCGAUCCCUCGCGCAGCAUCUGCGUCCUCCAUUGCCCGCGUCUUGAGGGGAAAAAUCAAGGUCUGAAAUCUCAGACCGAAGAUGGUGGGAGGCAGAGAGAGACCAUUUUAAAGCCUGGACGGAUAUUAUUUGGCAUCUUUCUGAGUUUCUCCGCCGAUUUUAGGCCUUUAAGGACCCUGGAUGAGAAGCGCUAGGCUUCUUGCGGCUGAUGAAGAUCGCACACGCACUAGCCCAGACCGUUUUAGCCAGCGGAUCUGAGCGGGUUUCGCCGGACUACAUCUAAAACCAGCCCGCGAGGCGACCCACAGCGCGGUUUUUUUCCUGAUUUUCCCACGACAUGGAGCGCGGAAUCGCGGAUUGUCGAGCCGUCGCGCGUUUUUCUGGCUUGUUUUCACGUAUAUCGACGAGGAAAAGCGAUCCGGAAUAACACCGAGCGCGGUUUUAGCAGCGCGAGAAUCAGUGCGGUUGAAUCCGCCUCAUGGUGAGGGCGAAGCGGGCUGGGUCUGCUGGGUAGCCUCGCCGGGGCGUCUGGAGGGUCGUUUAUCCCAGCGAAAACACCACGAAGAUGGACGAAAUUGGUUUUGUUUGAUCGUUUCCAGUCGCUGUGUACCUGUUUUCUCGUUUUCGCCCCCUCCACGAGGAGGCACCAAGCUGGAUAAACCAACUUUGUUGAUAUUUUUGUACUGAGAGAGGACUUCAAGCAUCAUCCACUUUCAAAGGGUUGAGCCGUCUCCCCUGCUUUGUUAUAUUUUUAAUAUUUUUUUUUUAAAACAAGUGUUUGCCUUGUUUUGGUACAGGAAUGAGGUCUAGCAGACAGAGGCGACAUUGGACCUUGUUUUGUGGUUUGGUCCUGGUCCUCUCAACGCUUUGCCAUGGAGAAAUCUGUGGUCCAGGAAUUGACAUUGGCAAUGACAUUCGUAAUUUCAAGCGGCUGGAGAACUGUACGGUGGUUGAGGGGUACCUGCAGAUCCUUCUCAUUGGAAGCAAAAACAAUAACAACCAGGAGGUCUUCCGCACCCUCAGUUUCCCCAAACUGACCAUGAUUACGGAUUACCUUCUCCUCUUCCGCGUAUCUGGACUGGACAGCCUCAGCACCCUCUUUCCAAACCUCGCCGUGAUCCGGGGACGCAACUUGUUUUACAACUACGCCCUGGUUAUAUUUGAGUUAACAAGUUUGAAGGACAUUGGCCUCUACAACCUGCGCAACAUCACUAGGGGUGCGAUACGAAUCGAGAAGAAUCCCGAGCUCUGCUACCUGGAUUCUGUGGACUGGUCUCUCAUUAUGGAUGCUGAAGUUAACAAUUUCAUUGCUGGAAAUAAGCAGUCCAAGGAGUGCGGAGAUGUUUGCCCGGGAAUCAUGGAGGACAACCCUUUGUGUAUCAAGACGAACUUCAACAGCAAUGACAAUUACAGAUGCUGGACCUCCAACCAUUGCCAGAAAGUUUGUCCGAAGUGGUGCGGACAGCGGGCGUGCACGGAUUCGGGCGAGUGCUGUCACCCACAGUGCCUGGGCAGCUGCUCCGUGGCCGACAACGACCGGGCCUGCGCCGCCUGCCAGAACUACUAUCACGAGGGCCGCUGCGUGGAGGACUGUCCGCUCGGCACCUACAAGUUCGAGGGCUGGCGCUGCAUCACCAAGGACUUCUGCUCCAGGGUCCACCUGCCCGACUACGACCGCUUCGUCAUCCACGGAGGAGAGUGCAUGUCCGACUGCCCGCCCGGCUUCACGCGCGAUGAGACCCGCAGCAUGUUCUGCACGGCCUGUGACGGCCUGUGUGACAAGAUCUGUGAUGAAAAGGUCAUUGACUCGGUGGACGCUGCUCAGUCCCUCAAGGGCUGCACCGUUAUCAAAGGGAACCUGCAUAUCAACAUCCGCGGGGGCACUAAUAUAGCCUCGGAGCUGGAGAACUUCCUGGGACUCAUCAAGACAGUGACGGGAUACAUUAAGAUACGUUCGUCUCACGCCCUGAGCUCUCUCUCCUUCCUCAAGAGCCUCACACACAUCCAUGGAGAGGAACUAUGGGAUGACAUGUACGCCUUCGCUGCCUUGGAUAACCUGUAUCUCCAGAUUUUGUGGGACUGGUCCCAGCACAAUCUCACCAUUAGUAAUGGAAAACUUUAUUUCCGCCUCAACCCCAAACUCUGCAUGUCCGAGAUCCACAAAAUGUGGGAGAAAACGGGAAUAAAGGAGAACUUUUUGGAAGGGGAUUUCCGCAACAAUGGAGACCGUGCAAGCUGUGGGAGUAAAAUACUGAAGUUCAUAUCGAAUACCACAAGUAGUAACACGAUCAAACUGACGUGGGAUCAUUUUCGAUCGCCCAACUCCAAAGAUCUUGUCAGUUUCAUUGUAUACUACAAAGAAGCACCUUUCCAGAACCUCACGGAGUUCGACGGCCAGGACGGUUGUGGAUCUGACAGCUGGAACAUGGUCGACGUGGAUUUAAAGGAAGCCCAAAACCCGGAAGUCAAGCUGUCCGUGCUGAAGCCCUGGACUCAGUACGCUAUCUUUGUUAAAGCCGUUACGUUAGUCGUGGAGGACAAGGACAGGGACAGACAGCGUAUCGGGGCGAAGAGUGAAGUGGUAUACAUCCGGACUAAACCGUCAGCACCUUCGAUGCCGGUAGACAUCCGCUCGUACUCUAACUCUUCAUCAAAGCUGGUGGUGCGGUGGUCUCCGCCCGUGUCCCCGAACGGAAACAACACCUACUACCUGCUCCGCUGGAAGCAGCAGGGCGAGGACCGCGAGCUCUACCAGCACAACUACUGCUCCAAAGAACUGAAGAUCCCAAUCAGGAUUUCAGCCACGGGUUUGACGGAAACUGAGGAUAGCAAACCCACCAAUCCUGAAACUGGGGGGCGGGACAAAGUCCCCUGCUGCCCGUGUCCUAAAACAGAGGAGGAUCUGAAGCGAAUCGAGGAGGACAUCUACUACCGCAAAGCCUUUGAGAAUUUCCUGCACAAUGCUAUAUUCACCCCCAGACCUUAUGACAGGCGACGGCGGGAUCUGUUCGGUUUGGCCAAUGCUACUUCCAUCCACACACUAUUGGCGGGACACUGGAACAUGACGGAGGGAAACUUCUCAGAUGAUGAGCCGCCUAGACAGGAGUUUUCCUUUAUAGAGAAGAAGGUGAAGGAGCGCAGCGUUGACAUCGGCGGCCUGCAGCCCUUCACCGUUUACCGCAUCGAUGUGCACGCCUGCAACAAAGAGGUCCGGCACUGCAGCGCAGCAGCUUUUAUCUUUUCCCGCACCAAAGCGGCAGGUAAGAGCAGGACAUUGGACGUGGAAUCAAAGGUGAAACUCCGCAUUCAAACACAUCAAAGACAAAUCCUCCGGGUUCUCCAUUUUCUUGUAGAAAGAGCCGAUGACAUUCCUGGCUCUGUGACCUGGGAACAUCUGGAGGGUUCUGUGUUCCUGAAGUGGCCUGAACCACAGAAACCCAACGGCCUCAUACUGCUCUAUGAGAUUCAGUAUCGUCUCGGAACAGAGCCCGAGAAGCACGAGUGCGUAUCCCGUCAACAUUACAGGGAGCACAAAGGGGUGAAACUCUCCAACUUGGGAGCUGGGAACUAUUCUGCCCGUGUGCGGGCUACGUCCCUCGCUGGAAACGGGUCGUGGACAGAACCGAUAGCUUUCUAUGUGAAUCAGAUUGAACAAUCAAAUUAUGAGCACUACCUGUACUACAUUAUCAUCCCGAUUUUCCUGAUUUGUUUCCUCUUCGCUGGAAUGGCUUUCUUCUGUUUUAACAAGAGACGGAACAAUGACAGGCUUGGAAACGGAGUCCUUUACGCGUCUGUUAACCCAGAGUACUUCAGCGCGGCAGAAAUGUAUGUGCCAGAUGAGUGGGAAGUGGAGCGAGAGAAAAUCACCAUGUGCCGAGAGCUUGGACAAGGAUCCUUUGGUAUGGUGUAUGAGGGCAUCGCCAAAGGUGUCGUCAAAGACGAGCCGGAAACCCGGGUGGCCAUUAAAACGGUCAACGAAUCGGCUAGCUUACACGAGCGCAUCGAGUUCCUCAACGAAGCCUCUGUCAUGAAAGAGUUCAACUGUCACCAUGUGGUGCGUCUGCUGGGUGUAGUUUCGCAGGGUCAGCCCACCUUGGUGAUCAUGGAGCUGAUGACACGAGGAGAUCUGAAGAGUUACUUGCGCUCGCUUCGAUCUGCUGAGAACACCUCCAGCUUGCCUUUGCCGCCGCUGAAGAAGAUGAUUCAGAUGGCGGGAGAGAUCGCGGAUGGCAUGGCUUACCUCAACGCCAACAAAUUUGUUCACAGAGACUUGGCAGCAAGGAAUUGCAUGGUGGCAGAGGAUUUUACUGUCAAAAUUGGUGAUUUUGGCAUGACACGGGACAUUUAUGAGACCGAUUACUACAGAAAAGGAGGCAAGGGACUACUGCCUGUGCGCUGGAUGUCUCCAGAGUCCCUCAAAGAUGGAGUCUUUACCACCAUGUCUGACGUCUGGUCCUUUGGGGUGGUGUUGUGGGAAAUAGCCACCCUGGCCGAGCAGCCCUAUCAGGGCAUGUCCAAUGAGCAGGUCCUGCGGUUUGUCAUGGAGGGAGGACUGCUAGACAAACCCGACAACUGCCCUGACAUGCUGUUUGAGCUGAUGCGCAUGUGCUGGCAGUACAACCCCAAAAUGCGGCCGUCCUUCCUGGAGAUCAUCAGCAGCAUCAAGGACGACCUGGAGGCGGGUUUCAAGGAGACGAGCUUCUUCUACAGCGAGGAGAACAAACCUCCGGACACGGAAGAACUGGACAUGGAGAACGUGGGAACCAUGGAGAACGUUCCUCUGGAGCCGUCCUCCAGCCUGCAGCCGCUGGCUCCCUCGCUGUCCUCCCCUCAGCAGUGUGCCCAGGCGUCCCAGGCCUGCUCCUCCCCGGCCGGCCCGUCCUUGCCGCCUUCCUCCCCCAGCUCCACGGACAAGCACCCGCUCCCGGCGUCUUCGGCGAACGGGCCCUCCAUGGUUCUCCGGAGCCCGUUUGACGAGACCCAGCCUUACGCUCACAUGAACGGGGGCCGCAAGAACGAGCGUGCCUUGCCUUUGCCCCAGUCGUCGGCUUGCUGAUCGGCGGUUUCCCCGGACGCGUCUCUGUCUGUCGAGCCACUGUGUGGUCUCCUGAAAAGAAAUAUGAAAUAAAGAGACAAGGAAAGACCAAACGGUACAAAACUGAGAGUCCAGGCAAUCAAUCUUUUCAAUCAUACCUCAACGGACAAAGUUUGGAUUUCUUUGUUUUUUGUGUAUUUCGAUUGAAUCGGUUGGAUUGAUUGACAUGAACUCGUUUGUUAUUUCCGCAGACUGGAUCACUGACUGAAAAACCAUGACCUUCACUCUCGCACUCGAUAGGCUGACUGUUUUUGUUACGUUUUGUUACUUUUCUAAACUUCCAAAACUGGUUUGAAGGCCUAUCAGAGCCAGUAGUUGGUACGGUGGCAUUAUUACGACACGCUCUGCAUAUCUCUAAGCCAAUCCAACAGCGAAGCACUUCUUCUUGUCUUUGUUUCCAAAGACUUGCAUCUAAAUUGUUUUUUUUUGCCCGUUCAUUCCCAUGACCCAACUCAGAUCUGGUUAUGGAGAUCUUUUGCUUCUGUUUUUCUCCAAAUCAUCUGGCUGUGCGACUUAGUGGAGAAGAAAUUCUCAAAUCUGCCAAAUGUCUUUCAUUUCCUUUUUUUUCUUACGUUGCCAAAUUGUUGAUUCCUCCCCAACCCCCACAA